UGAGCCACCCCACGGUCCGUCCACCCGAGAGGCGAGAGCGGUCGAGUCGAGCCCCGACUCCCGAGCCCGCACGGCGCACGCGGACGCGGUCACGCGCCGCGCACAUGCGCCCCCGCCCUCCCUCCGCACAAGCGCAGCGCCACCGUCCCGCCGCCGCCGCCGCCGCCGCCAGCUGCCCCGUUCCCUUGGUUUCUCGCGCUCCACGCCGCCGCGGAAGGCGAUCACGCGGGAGAAGCCCCGACUCGAACUCUGGACGGCAGCUCCGAGCCCGGGCGGCGCGCGGCUACUCGUACCAGGAGGUCCCGGGCCCGGGGGCUUCGAUGCAGAACCACGCGUACAGCCGGCUGGGCAGCAGCUCGGGGGGCGGGGCGGCCGUGCCGUCGCCGCCUUCGUCGCCGCGGCGGGCGUGGGGAAGGAGGGGCUCUGGGGCGAAGGGUGGGUGGUCCGCGAGGGCCGGCGCGGGCGUCGCGCGGAGGGCGGCGCGGGCGGCGCUCGCGGCGCUGCUGCGGCGGCAGGCGGUGUUCCUCUUCGCGCCGCUGCUGUACGUGGCGGCGAUGCUGCUCUACAUGGGCUCCAUCUCGCUCGACAGCGUGCCCCGCAUCAUCUCGCGCCCCGCGCCCGGGUCGAUGUACCGCAGCCCGCAGCUCUACGCCCGCCUCCGCGCCGACAUGGACGCCGAUAACGCCACUGACGCGCUAGCAACCGUAUGGCGGCAUGCUUACAGAGGUGGUAUUUGGAGACCUUGCAUAAGCAAUAAUACCGAUGGUUUGCCUGAAUCAAAUGGCUACAUUUAUGUUGAGGCAAAUGGUGGUUUGAAUCAACAACGAACAUCGAUUUGCAAUGCAGUUGCUGUUGCCGGUUUUCUGAAUGCAACUCUUGUAAUCCCAAACUUCCACUAUCACAGCAUCUGGAUGGAUCCUAGCAAGUUUGGUGAUAUUUAUGAUGAAGAUCACUUUAUCCAACAUUUAAAAAAUGAUGUCCGGGUGGUUAACAAGGUGCCUGAGUUCAUAAUGGAGCGGUUUGGUCACAAUUUGAGUAAUGCAUUUAAUUUCAAGAUAAAGGCUUGGUCUCCUAUCCAGUUCUAUGAAGAUGCUGUUCUCCCUAAGUUGAUUGAAGAAAGGCUCAUAAGGAUAUCGCCUUUUGCAAAUCGGCUGUCGUUUGAUGCCCCUCCGGCUGUUCAACGUCUGAGAUGUCUAGCAAAUUUUGAAGCCUUAAAAUUUUCUAAAUCAAUCACAGCUCUAUCUAACACUUUAGUUUCUCGAAUGAGAGAAAAAAGUGCCGAAAACAAUGGGAAGUACGUAGCAGUGCAUCUCCGCUUUGAAGAGGAUAUGGUUGCCUUCUCUUGUUGCGUAUUUGAUGGCGGUGACAAUGAAAAGAAGGAAUUGGAUGCAGCCAGGGAAAAAGGUUGGAGAGGGAAGUUUACUAGGCCAGGCCGUGUAAUAAGGCCUGGAGCAAUCAGGAUGAAUGGGAAAUGUCCACUGACACCUUUGGAGGUUGGAUUAAUGCUGCGUGGAAUGGGUUUCAGCAAUAAUACCGCGAUCUAUUUGGCUUCUGGAAGGAUAUAUAAAGCAGAAAAGAACAUGGCUCCUCUACUUGAAAUGUUCCCUCUCCUACAGACUAAAGAAACUUUGGCAUCGGAUGAAGAACUUUCUCCAUUCAAGAACUUCUCCUCAAGGAUGGCAGCUAUUGACUACAGUGUUUGUGUUCAUAGUGAGGUUUUCGUGACUACCCAAGGUGGUAAUUUUCCUCAUUUUCUUAUUGGCCAUAGGAGAUACUUGUAUGGUGGCCAUGCCAAGACAAUUAAGCCCGAUAAAAGAAGAUUGGCCAUACUAUUUGACAGUCCACGUAUUGGGUGGAAGUCCCUGAAACGCCAGUUAUUCAAUAUGAGAGCACAUAGCGACGCCAAGGGUAUUGAGAUAAAAAGAGCAAAUGAAUCAGUAUACACCUUUCCAUGCCCUGAUUGCAUGUGUCGUUCAAACAAAUCAGAACACUCCAAAUCCAUCCAGUCCAGAUAACAUCUAAUAGUUGUAUCUUGACAUGAUCGACUGACCCCAAUUCGUUCUCGGUGUCAUGGCAUCCUUGAUUCCUUAUUCUUUGCCUGCUGUCUGGUGGUGAGAUGUUCCAUAUCCUCCAAGCAUCCCUACUGAACUGUUGCUCGUCCAUUCCAUCCUCCCCAGGUUGGGUGCUGCUUGUAUAGCCUGGAGCAACUGAGAUACAUCAAAUUCUUUUCAUCUGACCCCUGGUGCUAACAAUACACUGAUUCAUGUCUACAGUAGAUGUAUGUAACAAUAUCUAGGGCUACGUUAACAACUUAGUGCUAAUCCACUCAGUGUAGUAGUAGUUCCCUUGUACAUUGCUUAGCUGGGAAGCAAUUUUCACACACAAUUUUGUAGCAAAGAUGACAUUUUCAUUUGGUUAAGUUUAUCAACCAUUUCUCAGAAUUCAGUUCUCGUCUCUUUGCUGUAACCUUUUUACUGUAUUAUUUGUGGCAACUUACUUGGACACAAAGCAAUUACUACCAGUUCAAAGAUGGAAA